ACUGCUGGGCUGGGCCGCGACAAGGAAAACGGGCGUCACAAGAUCGCCAGCGACGAGGUCCCAUCGCCACCUCCAUCUUCCGUUGCUGGAGAAGCCUCCGGAGGAUCGUCUGCUCCCGCUUCCAGCUCCACCGGCGGCAGCAAGCCGCCGUUGCGCACGACGAAGCCCGGCGCGAAGCGGCUAGUUCUCACCGUCUCCGUCAUCCUUUCCUUCCUCCUCGGACUGCCCUUCCUGCUGAAAUCCACCGAGAUCCACCGCUCGCCGCUGCCGUCGGACGCUAUCGCUGCCCUCGCCCGCCGCCUCCACUCCAAUCCGCCCUCGUUCCCCUGCGGACUCCACGCGGUCUUCCUCCGGUCCGGCCCUGGUCCCUCCGAUGCCUCCCUCGCCAGUCACCUCGAGCGGGCAAUCUCGGCCCAGCUCCAUCUCCUCUCCGCCGCUUCCUCUGCCGGUAACGUCUCGGUGUCAGUCACCGUCGGGUCGUCGGGUGGCUGCUUCAGCAGCAGCAGUGUUGGCUUGCGUUGGCAAUGCGGCGCCGUGACCACUGCGGACCUGGUGCGCGGUGAUGAGGUGUUUGAUGAAUUGCUGCACUCGGCAUCGGGAGGCAGCGGUGGGGAUGGGAUGAGGGUUUACACUGUUGUCAUUUUGGAUAGCGAUGAUGCGAAGGGAAUGAGGAUUGUAGUUGGGAAGCACCGGCAUGCUUGGGUGGUCGGGAAGGUAGAUGAGGCUGAAGCUGUGUCAGUUAUUGGGGAGGUAUUUGUCAAGUAUUUCAUGAAUGGCGGUAUUGAGGAGGGUGAGGCAGGCAUUGGCAAAGGCGAGUUCUUGCCAGUUGGAUCAGAUGGAAAUGUUGUUCUGUCAUUUAGCUUGUUGAAUGCCGAUCCAAGCGAUUGGGUGUAUGAUUGGGAGUUUGAAAAGAUUGGUGAGAGGAUGUUGCAUCCUGUGGUUGAGGCACUGCUACCAAUUGCGGAAAUUAAUAUAGAGAGUCAGGUUCUGUACCACACUCCAAAGUCAUCCUAUUCUUAUUCUGAUGAUAAACUGGGUGGCAAUGUCCUUAGUACGGGAGACAUUCCUUUCUUUGUAAACUCAAAUGAGUGGCACUUGGAUACAUCAAUUUCAGCUACAGGACGAUCGAAAGUCCUUCAAUUUGUGGUAUACAUUCCAUGUGCAAGGGAAUGCCCAUUGUAUUUGCAACUUCCUGAUGGUGGACUUUCAAAAACUAAUGCAUUUAUAUCCCCAAUGUGGGGAGGUGUUCUUAUCUGGAACCCGCCAGACUGUUCACUUGGUUCCAAGAAGACUCAUGGGACCCGGAAUAAAAUGUCCUCUCAGGAACUUAUGGAGACUCUUGAAAUCUUCAUUGGACAGCUAAGGCAGUUGUUUGGUCUAAAACCAAAUUAUCUUGCACAAGACAUGGAUGCUACAUCUAAAUUUAUAGUUAGUGAAAAGGGAUUCACAGAAUGGGAGUUAGAUUUAUUAUUUCGACACCAUGCAUGUUCCAAUCUAUUGUCAUGUCUCACCACCUUGGAGUCUCUUUCCAGUCUGGUCCAAUCUCUCCCGAGAAUGAUUGUCAUGGAUGAAAUUGGAAGACAGGUUGAGCUUUCUCUUGAAGCUGCAAAUUUAGCUCAAAGAAACGCAACUCUUGGAAUAAUUGACUUUGCAGCAAGCAAGUUUAUGAUAAUUUGUUUUGCACAGUGUACUAAUACUUUUACAAACAUAGGCUAAGAAUUGUGCUGUUUUACAGAAUCUGCAACAAGAGCGCGGGCAUUGGCUGAGGAUGCAUUUUUUCACCCAUCCAUUAUGUCAAUCAGCUAUGCUUCAAUAGAGCAUUAUUUCGCGAUUUACAUGCCGUUUUUUGCACCAGUUUCCUUGCAUGUGCUGUUGGCAGCGAUCAAAGAGCUAAAACGUUACAAGGUAGAGCGAGCAAAAUAUUCAGCAUUUCUUGCUUCCCGGGCGACCUCCUGAUCUGGUGGUGAUUAGAGCAGCAUCACUGCAUGUUGCAUCAGACUAGUUUGACAGGUGAUGGGAGGUCGAUGUUCGUUAUUGGCAUUGUCACAUAGCCGAGACCCCUGACUUGUUCUGGUGCACACGGAGAGGCGAACUGGCUGGAACGUCCCGCUGAUACUAGGCGGAGAAGUAGGCAUACUGGGUUGUUUGUAGAGCUAGCUGUAAUCUAUAACAUGGUCGAUUUUGCUAGUCCAGGUGAAAGGUUCUUGUGACCCAGUUUCUGUUCUUAGAUGCCUCAUGCCUGCUUACAUGGAAGAUUCUUUCGUUUUGGAAACAAAGCAUGUUCACGUUUCAAACCAAAGAUAUUGUAAUGGCUAAAGCAUCGAUGUACAAUCUGAGUGUUUGACAACCGAGCUAACUGGUGUGGUUA